AUGGAUGAAUCACCAGAAGAGUUGAAUUUAGUCGAAUUCAACAUCAUCGAUAACUACAUCGGAUCGGUAGUGGAUGAUUUGAUGCUAAAGGAUAACAGCGCUCAGUACGAUUACGAUACGCUAGCAAGACUUCUAUUACCGCUGUGCCGUUUCUGUGCCCGAGAAAAUGCCCAAAUGAUACACAUAUCAGACGUUCAUUUGCAGAUAAUCAAUGAUCUGCGAAUUCCGGAAAACCAUGGAAAGAACGUAUGCACCAACAUAUGUGUCAGUUGCAAUAGUUUCCUGGAGGAAUUUUGCAAAUUUCGUUCCGUGUGUGAAGAAGGACAGAAGCGAAUAGCAAGCCUAUUGGCCGAACGACAUGCUAUUAUGCCGAACUUAAUCGAUCUCAAAAUGGAUUUUAUUGCAUCGAAAAAAGGUUUGCUACCACCUGGUAUGAUGGAAGAACGUGUUGCUCCGAAAAUGGUGAUUUCUUCGCAAACUAUUCCUAGCCCUUCUGGUGCUGGAUUCGUGGCAUUUGAUGAAGAUACUAGUACUAGUUUGAAGAAUUCGGAUGCUGAUUACACAGAGAGUAUUUCAAUUCUUGCGCCAAUGGCUUCUUCUACACAACCAGACGCCCAGUUGCAGACAGCCUCCGAAAUGGAGCAGAGAACUGCCUUUGAUUCAACUCUCGAACAAGACGCUUACAAUUAUUUGACGUACCCAUUCCAUGAGUCUAACUUUAUGCACCAUUACAAGCAGCAAAGUUUUACUAUAUCCGCAGAAAAUUUUGUUCAAUAUAGCGAUGAUGUCGUAGAAUCGCAUUCCGAAAAAGGAUCUGUUUCUCCAACGAACGAAUCGGAAACAAAAGACACGAAGAAAUCGGAAGCCCGCCGACGCGUUGUUGAUGGACGCUUGGAGUGGGUGUGCCUAGACUGUGAGCAGGUAUUCGUUAGCUGUUUUCAGUUAAAGAAGCAUCGAAAAAACUGUGAACUCGUUGGAAGCAAAACAUCGAAACGGAUUGCAACGCUAGUCUGUGAUAUUUGUGGCGAGACAAUGUCCACCGAAUCCGCGCUUACCAUGCACAGACGUAAGCACGAAGCGAAAGCAAACGGACCCACUGUGAAGUCCGCUGCAGUAACAAAAUCGGAGCCUACCAUUUGCCACGUGUGUGGACAUACGAGCAAAUCGAGGCGAGCGCUUCGACUGCACCUAAUCACCCACAGCAGCGAUAAGAACGUGGAGUGCGCGAUCUGUGGCAAACGGUUCAAGCGUCGACGCGAUCUUCGCAUCCAUCUGGACGUACAUUCCGGGAGGAAGUAUGAGUGUGAUACGUGUGGUAAGAAGUUCCUAACUAAAGUAACGCUGCGGAAUCACGCCAAAACGCAUCGUGACAGUAAUUUGAAGCACGAAUGUACCGUAUGCGCACGGCAGUUUAUUCAUCCGCAUCAGCUACAGAAACACAUGAUCAGCCAUACGAACGAGUACCCGUAUGUGUGCGGCAUUUGCAAAACAGUGUUUCGUACGCUCGGCCGUUACAAACGCCACGUGCAGAAGGGACACGUGUUGCCGAACGCGGCAAAAGUUAUGGAUCCGUCGGAGUUGAACAGUUUGGAUGAUCUGAUCGAGUAUCAACCAGAGGUAGUGCCUUGUGAAAUGUUGGACGAUACCGUGUCGGGAGACGCACUGGUAAUGGCCGAUCCAGUCGUCUGUGAUACAUUGCCGGAGAUAUUUGAGAGUUUCGCAUCAGAUUCAUUGCUCGAUCAGGGUUCAGCUGAGUUUGGAGUUCAAUAUUUCGCCAGUGCCAAACUACCGGACGAUAGUGUUUACUGCAGUGGACCAACCAUUUUCGAUACAUGUGUCGCGGUAACUGUUGGAUGA